UUUCCAUCGGUCUCCACCUCUGUCAGUCGCUCAGUCGAAGUUACACUUUGAUACAUUCUGUUCUCCAAUCCUUCGCUCCAACAAAGUUUAAACAGCGGAAAACAACAUCCUUAGCAAAGGCGAAGGUGCAGCAGGAUAAUACAAAAAAAUCACGGUUGCAGCAACAGCUCCCCCACGCACACAACUGAGUGGUUGUGGAUGUGCUAGUGUGUGUGAAGGAGCCUCCUUGUUAACACACACAUGUGUAUUUUUUUCUGUGAGCCAAAAGAAAUUUGAGUGCAUUUUUGCCAUUUGCCCCCACGCCAAUAAGAAGCAAGCGAGAAAGGAGCCCACAAAAAACACUAGCAACAACAAUUAAACAGGCUCCCAGCGCAUAGAAGCAGCGCAGUCAGCGUCGACGUCGACUGCAGUGGGCCAACGUUGUUGCAGUCGCGUCGUUUGUUGUUGUUCUUGUUGCAGCAUCAGAGCGAGAGAAGGGAGAGCGAGCGAGACAGCAGGAGGGACAGAAAAAGCACUUAGAAACAUAAAGGACGCACCUGGUGCCAGAGUACAAAUACCCAAACCGCCACAAAAUCCUUGCUGUGCAUUCCAAGGGGAAAACGAGGGAUAAUAUACUGUAGUUGAGAGUGAGAAAUAGGCGAUAUGGAAGUGGAAUCGAAUAACAAACGGGCCACCAACGGUGGUCGUCACUCCCCACCGGCUGAAUCCGAUUCCAAGGAGAGUUCCGUUGAGCGGGAGCUGAACGGUGAGAUUCAGGCGGUGGAGCUCAACGGGAGUGGAUCGGGAGCCCACUCGAACGGGCAUAUCAAGAAGCCGCUGCCCGUGGAGGAUGGCAGGAUUAAGCGCAAGGCCAAGCGGCUCAUCCAAAGACAGAAUAGCGGAUCCGGUGGCAGUCCGAAUCAAACCAACGGAAAUGGUGUGUCGUCCGGCGGAGCUGGUGGAGCGCCGCUAGCCAUCAAUGGCAUUCUACCCUCACCGGGUGGCUAUGUGGUGCCCCAUCGCCGCUGGAAGAACAGCCGUCGUUCGCGGAACCUCAAUCGUGGCCGUGGACUGCCCAAGAAGGGUGGUGCCGGUGGCAAGGGCGUCUGGGGAUUGCCCGGUUCCGAGGCUCUGGCCGAGGUCUACGAGGACGAGAACGAUCCGAACUACGAUAGCGAGUGCAACGAUCGCAAUGUCGAGUUGCGUGAGGUGAUUGCAGAGAUAACACCCGAGGAGUUCUUCAAGCUGGCCGAACCGAUCGUUUUGGAGUACUACGAGCACGGGGAUCCGCACGAGGUGGCCCUCAGCUUCGAUGAGAUACUGCAGGGUCCGUUGCGCGAGCACAUUACCAGCAUCCUUGUGGAGAUCGCCAUGGAUCACAAGGACUCGCAGCGCGAGAUGACCUCGGUGUUGAUCUCCGAUCUGUACGGUAGAGUGAUAACCGGCAAGGACAUCGAGAAGGGCUUCAAUAUGCUGCUGGCCAAUCUGCCGGAUCUCAUCCUGGACACUCCAGAGGCGCCCAUUAUGCUGGGCAACUUUAUGGCCCGCGCCGUGGCCGACGACUGCAUUCCGCCCAAGUUUGUGGCCAAGUCGGAGGAGGAGCUGCGUCAUCUGGAGCUCGGCGAGCAUGCCGAGCAGGCCUUGCGUCGCGCCGAUUCGCUGCUCCACAAGCAGGUGUGGGCCCAUUUGGACAAUGUCUGGGGCAUGGGCGGCCCGCUGCGUCCGGUGAAGACGAUCACCAAGCAGAUGGAGCUGCUGCUCAAGGAGUACAUAUCCUCACGCGACGUCGCCGAGGCCCAGCGCUGUCUGCGCUCCCUCGAGGUGCCGCACUACCAUCACGAGCUCGUCUACGAGGCGAUCGUGAUGACCCUGGAGUCACUCAGCCAGACCACCGAGGAGGCCAUGUGCGAGCUGCUCAAGCAGCUAGAUCUCACCUGCCUGGUGCUGCCCGCGGGCAUGGAGCAGGGUUUUAUGCGCGUCUUCGAUGACAUGGCGGAUAUAGUUCUGGAUGUGCCCCUGGCUUAUAUAAUACUCGAUCGCUUUGUCGAACGCUGCAAUCGCGCCGGAUUCCUUACCGACAAAAUUAUAAACAACGUGCCAUCGCGCGGACGCAAGCGUUUUGUCUCUGAGGGCGAUGGCGGUCACGUUAAGCCGGCUACCUUGCCCAUACGCGAUUAAAUCGGGACUACGGGGACCCUAUAUGCUACAUUUGCUUAUAUGACAACUCCACCCCAAGGACAACUGAAAGCAGCAACAGAAAAACAAAAAAAAAAAAAUAUAUAUAUACACCAAAUUUCAAAAAGGAGCAAAUCCCUGGUAAUGCAAAGAAUAUAUUAAACUAAACAAACAAACAAAAAAUGAUAAGAAAAGACAAAAUGGAGAAUUUGUCGCAAAUCUUGAUAAAAAGAACCUACCCUCAAACCCAGAAACGGUCACACACACAAAACAAAAAAAAACCAACAAACAAUCAAUCGGAAUUUGAUCUCCGUUUAAACUAUAUCCAUAAUUAUAAAACCUACAUCAACACCUACAACGUAUAUCUUACCUACAUGUAACUACAAAAGAAACGCGGAAGUGUAUUUUAAAGAUUUGUAAAAACAAGAAGAGUAAAGAGAUCACAAACAGAGAAUCCAGCCAGAGAAAUGGAGAAAUGAGAAUACUUUGGAGCAGGAGCAAAGAUUAUCCAGCAGCAUUUGUUGUCGGUUUUCUUUCGGAUCGGAUUGCAUAUAGACGAUGAAAGAUGGAAAAGAACAGCAGCGUACUUAGCACGCUGUCAUUAUGCCACUUGAACGCAAAGCAUAUUACUUAUACGAAACUGUUAUACACACUCGUACACCCCUCGUCAAAAAUCGGCUAGAAAGCUGUAAUGAAAUUUAUGUUUAACCAGCCACUGUUAUACAGCCAAAACAACACACAAAUUCCAUUGUUUUGAAAUUCAGCAAAUCAUUUUGAUUAUUCCCUAAGCGCAUGUUCAUGAUUAACUUCCUUAAUUUUUUUGUAACUUUGUGUGUUAGAAGACUAACAUAAUUAAGAUUAACUAUACAUACUACUUACUCCAUACAUCUUACCCUACGAUACACAUUUUUCUCGCCUGCUCUUUUUUUUGAUUGAAUAAACUUUGCAUUUUAUAAGAUAA